CUUCCUAACCACCUCGCCUUACCUUCAUACCCUCCAGUGGUGUUUUUCUUGCUACAUUCCACGUCGUGCCUAGUGCUUCUUACCUACAUAUAUGCUUCUUGGAUACCUACAUACUUUAUCUUAAUCCCUAAUUACCAAACACUCGUCCACCAUGACCUCCGAGGACUCUCUACCGGUCCUCAAAGUACUCAUCAUCGGCCCGUCAGGUGCCGGCAAGUCGGCCUUAUUAUUACGAUAUUGUGACGACCAGUUCGAUCCAGAAUCGUCCACGGCUACGAUAGGCAUCGACUUCAAAUCUAAAAAGCUCGCUGUGCGCGGCAAGGCAUAUCGACUCAAUGUAUUCGAUACGGCUGGCCAAGAGCGUUUCCGCACCCUGUCGACGAGCUACUACCGCGGUGCCCACGGCGUCAUCUUAGUCUAUGACAUCGCAAGCCGAAAGAGCUUCCUGAGCAUGGAGAGGUGGAUCGACGAGGCGAGGGCGAAUGCUGCGCCGGAUGCUGCGCUAUAUUUGGUUGGGAGUAAACUAGACAAAGUAUCAAGCGGUGGCCGCGCCAUCUCAUUCGACGAAGGGAAGGCGUUUGCGGAAUCGCAUGGAGCUGGGUUUUGCGAGGUCAGCUCCAAGACGCGCGAGAAUGUGAGGAAGCCGUUCGUUGAUGUGGUUGAUCGGAUUGUGCAGACGCCACAACUUUUAACGGCGUCAUCGCCAGGAGGCUUCAACGGAACCGCGCUGAAUAUUGGAAAUUUGGGGACUGAUUACUCCUCGGCUUGUCCUUGCUAGCAGUCUCGCUGCGAACGGGUUGGUUGGUUAGAUUGUAUGGAACAUGUGAAUUGAUUACACAUGCGGCGGGAGGGAAUAGCUGGUGGUGGCAUUAUGUACAUAUUAUUAGUAGCAACUGAUAUCCCCCUUUGCUCGCGAGCGUUCUACUUUAUACAGCCGGUUUCUGAGGCGCCUCCUUCAGAUACAUCUACUCCUUGGGGCUAAGAAAGUCUAUCACAGCUGC